UUGGAUUUAUCUCUCGGACGGAGAUAUACUCACAUUCGUCCGUUUCUCAAUCUGUUCGCCGGUUUGCUUUGCUAACCUUUGUCGUCGUUGCGAUAUUGCGUUUGUUCGCGUAAGUUGUCACAGUAUGAAGAAUUGAAGUGAGCGUAGGAGAGGGACAGAGGAAGGAGACCUUAGUUAUCAGUUUGUGAGUGUUGUAAUGGCUUUGUCAAUGGAGUUUGGAUUUUCAAUUGGGUCUUGCUUCAAGGCAGCAAGCACACCUGUCCUAAUCUCGGCAAUCCCUAAGAAGACCAAUUUCAUGUUAACUAGGAGAAGUAAAAGAUUCUUAUUUAAAGUCUCUGCUGUGUCGUAUAAGGAAUUUGCAGAGUCUGCUCUGGAAGAAACCAGGAAAAGGAUCGUUCUUGAACCUUCACCUCUCCAGAAAAGGUAUAGCAGCAUGACAGGACUGGAUGGGAAAACUGAACUUCAAAUGCUUGCUUUCAAAUCUUCAAAGAUUAGACUCUUACGGAGCAUGGCCAUCGAGAAUGAGACAAUGCAGGUCUUUGACUUUGCGGGUUUCAUGGAGCCUGAGUAUGAUGUGCCCAUAUUCUGUGCUAACUUCUUCACAUCUGCCAACACGAACAUAGUGGUGUUGGACCUAAAUCCUUUGCAUCAGUUGACUGACCAGACGGAUUACCAAGGCAAGUAUUAUAACAACAUAAUGUCCAUAUAUCACAAAUAUGCUGAGACUUUUCCAUGGGGAGGAAAACUGACUGGUGAAUCCCUAAAGUUUUUCUCGCCUUUGGUGAUGUGGACCAGGUUUUCGUCUAGCCAAGAAAAACAUGAGGCUUUAUUCUCUGCGUUCGUUGAGUACUAUCAGGCAUGGCUUGAGAUGACGAUCCAAGUGAGGGAGGAGAUGGAGCCAUCUCAGGUGAGAGCCAAUCGUGAGGCCCAACACAAAUACCUGACAUGGCGAGCACAGAAGGAUCCUGGACAUGGUCUUCUUAAAAGAUUAGUUGGUGAAGUAAAAGCAAAGGAGCUGCUAAGGGAUUUCCUAUUCAGUGGGGUAGAUGAGUUAGGCACAAAAACAUUCAUUGAUUACUUUCCAGAGUACCAAACAGAAGAUGGAACUGUGAGCGACAAACGAAGCAUCAUUGGGAAGUCAUAUGAAACUCGGCCUUGGGAUCUAACAGGACAAUUUAUCGGCUAACACGUCUCAUAACUUCAUCCAUGAUUUAUGUGAACAAGAUUGGUUUCAGCUUUCGACAUCAAGCCAUCAACAGAACAUGAAGUGUACUCAGGGAAAUAGGAAUAAGAAAGAGCAACGUGAAGAGUCUCUUAGGUCCAUCUGCAUUUCCGGAUAUGUAUCUUCUGCUUUGCAACUUGCAUUGUAGUUUACCAAUGAGUCAUACUCAGCUAAAACCAUAUUUCCAAAAAUCAAAACUUUUUGUGGAUUUAUUUAUUUCAAAGUUUUGUAUUUUGAAAGGUAA